GGCUGCGGGCCGGCGCCGGGAGAGGGCUGGCGAGUGUAAGCCCGAGUGUCUGCUUUCUGUAGAGCAAAGUUUCUGUGGUACCGCCUGAAAGGCUUGCGAGGUGGAAGGGGAAGGGCUGCGCCGCUCCUGAGCUGGAAACUUCGGGAUUCCUGCGUGUUUCCUCAGGAGGGUCCCUCCCGCCCCGGGGAGGCGGCGGCAGGCGCUGACAGGGAGUGGGAGAGGGGACGGGCAGCAGCGCCCGCAGCUCCUCGGCGUGGGGACAACGCCUUCGGACGAAGCACAGCAGCGCUACCCGGCGUAAAUGGUGUUCCAGACGCUAGCGAGGAUGUGGUGUUCCUGAGGGCUGGUGGGGAAGAGUGGCGAGGUCCCACGGACGGAGGAGGUGGAAGGGUUGCAUCGCUCCCCUCCUCCCCUGGCGGCCGCCUGUCCCGUGAGCGGCGGUACCGGGGUACAAUGAGCCAUUCGCUUCCCGGAAAGCCGGAGCGGAGAUCCAAAUCCAUGCGCGGACUCACGCGGCACGCGCUUAGGCCCCGGUGCUUCUCUCACUUAACGCGAAAGGAGCUGGGAGAGCGGGAGGCGGGAGCGGUUCGCAGGGCAGGAUGGUGCCCCGUGGCCUGGCCGCGAUUCUAUCAGCUGCAACUUUUCCUUGUAGGAUUCACUGCUGCUUGAAUGUGAAAAUAGUAAAUGACAGUAGAAAAGCGGUCCCAUGUUUAUAGACAGCAGUAAAUUGCCCCCUCCUCCUCUAUCUCUUAACAACAACAACAACAACGACAAAAAUCCACAAGAUUUCUCUGAUUGGAGAAAAUUUCUUUGCUUUCUAGUUGUGGCUACUUAUUAUUUAUUGAUCUUUUCCCACCGGGAAGGAGUUAUAAGGAAGCCACAUAAAGUCUUUCUGGCAGGGGCUUCUUAAUGCAUCCAAACACUAUAUAUAAAGUUCUCUUUCUAUACAAAUAGAAUUAGGAUACGUAGGAACAAAACCUGUGAGGGAUGUGAAUAUUUCUGUCAAAGCCUGUGCCUUUUAAAGAAAAGCCUGCCAUUUUACCAGAUGGAGGCAGAAAUAAUUUCUUCUGUGUUCUUUUGUGUCUGUUGCUCUUCAAAUAACUAGAGAUGCUUACAGAAGUUUAUGAUACAGUCAGAAGAGAGAGAGGGGAGGGAGGGAGGGAGGGAGGAAAAACCACUGAAAGAUGCUGAUCUCCAUGACCCCAGAGCGAUGCAAGAGCACAUGAGUUGUAAUGGAUUUACAGGAACGUGAUGUUAACAUAUGGCUCCCUGGGCAUUUAUUGACAUAUGUAGCAUGAGUGAUGAUAGUUAGAGAUUGUGAAGUGGGGUGUGAUGAGUAUGCUUUAAUUUACACAAACAGAAUAAUUUAAGAUCUGCACAGAGACUCCGUACAAGCUCUACCAAUGCACUAUUUUUGCUAUAAAAAUAAAAGGCUAUUUUUUAGUACCUUUGGGAAUACAUUGCAUUGCUUCUCAUCAAGCCGGCAGGCUUUUUGUGUAGCAUAUGUGCCCAUUUGCCUCUGAUCUCUGCAUGUGUUUUACUGUUCUUGAACUAAGUAAAAUAGCUGCUGUGUGGAAAUAGGUGUCUUAUUCACUCAUUAUAGUCAAAGACUGACUGCUGUUGCAUGCAUGACAUAAGAUGUGGAAAAUUGGUCUCUUUCCUGUCUCUCCCCAUGAUAGCAAAAAGUUGAAUUUAUACUGACCUGAUUGAGUCCAGAUUACCAAGCACGGCAAAGUGUCCUGUUCUCCUCUUGCUGUAAUGACUCUGUAGUGAGUAGCUGUAAAAUAGCUUUUCUCAGGAAACAAAUCUGACUUGGAGACACAAAGGGUACAGGGCUCCAUUUCAUGUGAAAUGGAGCAUUGUUUUCAUACAGCCACCUCUGGAAGAGUAAUUGCGUUUUGAAUGCUAUGGACAGAAGGCUUUGCUAGCGGGGACUCCACUAGCCCUGGGCUGACACUCAGGUUUGUGUGUCUCACUGUUGCCCUGCCAGAGCUGGCUACGAGGUGCUGUGUAAAUCCUGAAGAUAUUCCAGCUACUGGCUGCAGAUAACUGGGCUCGGUGAUGUGAAGGACAGAUUUCUUGUUUGCCUGAAGUUAAAUCCAAGCUGACCUGUCACUACAAAUGGACAGUUUGUCAAAGAUGAGGCUUGGUGGAGCAGUUUCUUGGUAUCUCAACUAUGGAAGGCCAACUUUGUGCUAAUGUGGAUAUUUCUGUGAAAAAACCUCCAGGAGCAAGCCCUCAAUCCUUCAUUGCUUUGCUGAAGGUUCACCGAGAGCUUCUGGUUGGUAGGAUCCGAAACACACAGUGUUUGAUUGAUAACUUGAUGAAGAAUGACUACUUCUCCGCUGAAGAUGCAGAGAUCGCUGUCCAGUUUCCUACUCAAGCAGAUAAGGUUCGCAAAAUUCUAGACUUGGUUCAAAGCAAGGGAGAAGAAGUUUCAGAAUAUUUCAUCUAUGUCCUGCAGAAAGUCACUGAUGCUUACUAUGAACUUCAGCCUUGGCUGGAUGAAAUAGGUUAUGAGCCUUCAGAGAGUAUUUGUAGUAAACCUGUGGUAAAUACAGAUCCAGUUAGCAGGUAUUGCCAGAAACUCAGACAUGAACUGGGACGGGAUUCCAAGUUUGUUAUGUUGUAUGCUCAGAGGGAGGAGAUGCUGCUUGAAGAAAUCUACUCCGACAGUGUAAUGGAGCUGGUCAAUUUUAACAAUGAGAGUCUUGGCCAGGUGGGUCAAUUAGAAGCCCUUUUUGAUGAUGCAGUCGGGGUAAUUAAUGAAGAUGGAGAGACUGUUUAUGUCUAUGGUGAUGCAGGAAUUGGAAAAUCCAUCUUGCUGCAAAAGAUACAGAGCCUUUGGGCCAGAAAAGAAUUGGACAUAGGGGCCAAGUUUUUCUUCCGUUUUCGGUGUAGGAUGUUUAGCUGCUUCAAGGAAGAUGAAGCCAUAUGUUUGAAAGACCUGCUCUUCAAAUAUAAUUGCUACCCAGACCAGGACCCCACAGAAGUGUUCCAUCACAUCUUGCAGUUCCCUCAUACAGUUCUUUUCACUUUUGAUGGCUUUGAUGAGAUCUAUUCCAACUUUGAUCUCAGCAGUGUACCUGAGAUAUGCUCACCCAAUGAACCCAUCCACCCCCUGGCACUGCUCGUAAGCCUUCUCAGAGGAAAGCUUCUUAAGGGAUGCAAGAAAAUUCUUACUGCCAGGACAGGAACUGAGAUCCAAAAAAAUAUCAUUAGGAAGAAAGUGUUCCUCCGUGGUUUCUCCAAGAAUAACCUGAAGGAAUACACAGCUAUGUUUUUCAGAGAUGAGCGGCAACGAGCACUGGUAUCAAACCAGCUGGAAGCUAACCCAAAUCUCUGCAGUUUGUGUUCAGUGCCUUUAUUUUGCUGGAUUAUCUUUAAAUGCUAUGAACACUUCCAUUCCAUGUUUGACAACCAUGAGCUUCCAGACAGUUCCGUUACACUGACAGAUGUAUUUUUGCUCAUGAUUGAAGUCCACUUGAACCGAUCUGUGAAAACAAGUUUGCUGAAGAACAAUAUCAGGAGCCAAGCAGAGAUGUUCAAAUCAAGAAAGGAAACUCUUCUAGCUUUGGGUAAAAUGGCAUACAAAGGGAUGGAGAACUCUUUCUUUAUCUUUGAGCAAGAGAAGGUCUCAUCGGCAAACAUCUCUGAAGAAGAUUUGCAACUGGGCUUUCUCAGGACAGUUAAAAGUUACAGUGGCUGUGACAGUCAGGCCACUUAUGAGUUCUUGCAUGUAACCCUUCAGUCUUUUUUCACAGCAUUAUUUCUGGUUAUUGAGGAGAAGGUGGGUGCCAAGGAAUUACUUGAGUUUUUCAAUGAAUGUUCUUCCUUUGAGACUGCCCAGCCUACUUGCCUUCGUAUCCCCUGGUUGAAGAAACGUAUAGCAGGGGAGAAUCCUUUCCAAAAUAAAGAACACUUUAAUUUUACCAACAUGUUUCUUUGUGGCCUACUUUCUGGAUCCAAGCAGAAGCUCUUCAGACAUUUAGUUUCGCCUGCAGUCAUUAAGAGGAAGAGAAAAACACUCAUCACGUACCUUGCGGAGAGCAUGAAAUCCCACCUGAAAGGCUUCACUCGGUCCAGGCUUACGAGCUACAAUCAGGUGCAGGUGCAGCCCAACUUUGUGUGGAUGCUGAGGUGCCUGUACGAGACGCAGAGUGAGAAGGUGGGGAGGAUGGCUGCUCGCCGCAUGCGUGCCAACUACAUCAAGCUGACCUACUGCAACGCCUGCUCUGCCGACUGCAGUGCCAUUUCCUUUGUUGUGCACCACUUCCAAAAGCGCCUGGCUCUGGAUUUGGACAACAACAACAUCAAUGACUAUGGAAUAAAACAGCUGCAACCUUGUUUCAGCAAGCUUGCAGUGAUCAGGCUCAGUGUAAAUCAGGUCACAGAUCACGGCGUAAGGAUCUUGUAUGAAGAACUCUCCAAGUACCAAAUUGUGUCUUUCUUGGGCUUAUACAACAAUCAGAUCACUGAUGUUGGAGCCAAAUAUGUUGCAAAACUAAUUGAAGAGUGUUCAAGCCUGGAAUAUGUUAAAAUAGGAGCAAACAAAAUAACAAGUGAAGGAGGGAAGUACCUUGCCCAGGCCAUCCAGAAGAGCAAGACAAUGUUUGAAAUCGGGAUGUGGGGUAAUCAAGUUGGAGAUGAAGGAGCAAAGGCAUUUGCAGAGGCUCUGAGGAACCACCCCAGGUUAACAAAUGUGAGUCUCGCAUUCAAUGGCAUCACGACAGAGGGAGGCAAAAGUAUUGCUGAAGCCAUGCAACACAACAACUCCGUGAGGAUAUUCUGGUUGACUAAAAAUGAGCUGGACGAUGAAGCAGCAAUGAGUUUUGCAGAGAUGCUGAAGGUCAACAAGAAACUGGUGCAUUUAUGGCUUAUCCAGAAUCAAAUUACAGCCAAAGGGGUGAAGUGCCUCAGUGAAGCUCUCAAGGAGAACACGACUAUUCAAGAAAUCUGCUUGAACGGGAACCUGAUAAGCCAAGAAGAGGCCAAAGCUUUUGAAAAUGAAGAGCGGAUCAUUUGCUUUUGAAUGAGGACUUCCCCAUUUCGCCAAGUUUGUGUUAUCAAAAGUUACUCCUACACUUGGACUGCAGAGUUUAUAAAGGCAUAAAUCUACAGUGCUCAUGGCAGGAGAGAGAUACACAAUAAGCUACCUUUUUAUGAACACACCACACUCCCUCAGCUCCAUCCCUUACCCUGCCUGUUAUUCUUAAUCCUUUUGGUGAAUGGGAAGUUUCCUGGGUAAAUAAUUAAUGUUUGUUCGGUGCUUUGAAGAUGAAAUGCAAAGUGUUAACAGACUAAAUCCACUGGCAGGUGUAUGCAUUUUGAUAACUGAGUUUAGAUUUAUUCUGUACAGUGCUGUAAAUAAUCUCUUAACUUAUUUAUAUAAGUAAAUAAGGACACACACGUACAUAUGCAAGAAAGGGUGCAAGAUGCACAAACUCCACCUGCUCAGAGUAUUGCCUGCCUCAGAACUGAAAAUGAAUAUACACAGCUUUACCAGAAACAGUAUCUAUAGUUGUUUCUUUGUGUCAGUGUUUUGAACGUAAUUCCUUCUUCCUGCCUAGAAAUUAGGUCCAUAUUUCGCCACUGACUACAGGCAGUGUUGUAGACACUGCUUUUUUUUGUUGUUGGGUUUUUUUGGGUGGGUAGAAAUGGAUGCAUCAGGCUCAGAUUACUUUCAGUAAUCUUUUUUUCCCAUAUCAAAGCAAAUCCAUCUUCUUCUGUGCAACCAGAAGUCCUUACUGCCAUCACUGUAAAACCGUAACACCAGCAGUAAACCACUUCUGCUUCAAAUUUCCAGAGGGCUGCAUGGAAACAGCUACCUCCUGUUUCCACAGUGUUUGUUCUGGGGAGGGGGUCUGGAGAGAAAUGUGAACAAUUAAUUAGCAGGCUGUUCAUUGCCUUGGCUCCUGGCCUAGACACCAUGCUGGUGGCACUACACCAAUAUCACAUUGCCCAACAUCAGUGGGGAGAAAGGACGACUGAAAAUCAACUGCGUCACGUAGAAAUCCCUUCUCCCAGCAACAGGCAAGCACACAGGAGGAUUGAGAUUGGCUUGGAAAGCUUUUAGUCUAUACUUGAAUCAGUGGCCAGAGCAAGGCAAGAGGCAGUAGUAAUAGUAAGGACCAGCAAGAAAACAUUAUCCUUCCCCAAAUGAUUAUUGUUUAGAGAGUGUAACUUUAGAUGCUUUAAAAGAAACCAGUUUGCACAGGAGUGGCUUAUUUUUUAUUUUUAAUAAUCAACAGAGUUGAUUAUUUUUUCUGGGAGCUUUAUAAACUCAAACUCUACUCCACAGUGUAGGAACAUAAAAUGGAAAAGCGUGAGCCAUUUUCCUUCCUUCUCCCAUGUUACCACGCCCCUCCCCCCCCCCCAAAAAAAAAAAAACCUUUGAGAAACAAUUCUCCAUUUGCUGACUAACCCACAAAACCUUGGUAGGCUGGAAGAAGAAUCUCCAGUUAAAAUGCCAAACCAGUAAACCCUCACUUUCCCAUCUCCCAAAUCUGCCCCAUGAAGCAAAGAAAAUGCUUGCUUUGCAGGUCAGAACUUCUCCAUUUCCUGUGUGGUAGCAGACCUUUCCCAGCUUUCAAUUCUGUCUAUUCCCCUCAGCUCCCUAACACAUUUUAGAGUACUCGCAGGGCUUCUGACAAAACACAUUUAAAAAUACUCAUAGGGCUUCUCACAAAACCUGAAGUUAUAAAGAAAAAAAAGGGAAGAAAACCAACUUAGUUAUUUUUCCAUGGCUUUUCCUCCAUGCCUGUGGUUUCAACACUGAUUUUUCGCAGGGAGACAGAUGAGGUUUUUCAACCAUGACAGAGGGAACUCAGCUAACUUGAAUGAUUUCUGCACCUGAGCCAUUUGUUUACUGAAGCAAAAGAGCACACAGUUACAGAUGAGCUGGAUUUCAAUUGCCAAAACAUCUGCCAAAGCAAAGCCUUUAAAGACUUCUCAGUGACUUUUACAAAUCAGAGACUCAUGCACCUUGUCAAAGUGAGUUUUGCCAGCCUACUCUGAUGGAAGGGAGAAGAUACUGGUGUAAGGAAGGGCCUUCACCAGAGGUAUCAUGUGCCUGUGUUUGAGGAAGUGUGCUCCUACUUUGCCCUAAUCAUGGAAUUAUUUGCUCAUUUACCAGGUAGAAAAUGUGUUUAAAGCUACAGUUCCUGUCCUCAUUUCACUAAUUGACUAAAUUAGCUCCCCCCAAGCUUUCCAGUGCAGUCAAAUCUGCCCCUUUUUUGGGCUAGAGCAGCCUUUGGUGUUGUUUGUAGUGACAAGCUCAGCAAAUCUUGUUCCAUACCUGGCUUUUACAAGCUGGGCAUCCAGGGGGUGUUUUCAGGGACAGCAGCAUUUAUGGGGCUGAAGCAGCUACAUGCAGCCUCAGGGUAAGGGGUGGCAGCAUCAAGCCCAGCUCCAUGUAGGACAGGGUUUGGCACUGAUGACAGUGCCAGAGACAGAGCCAGUCACAGCCACUCCUUUCAGAGGUGAUUUUGGGCAGCAAACACUUGUUUGGACUGGGCUGAAGGUCUGAGCACAGCUCAUUCUGGGUUUGUCCAACCUGAGGGGUUUCAUAGCAUCCUGCUGCUCCCAGCUCACCCAGAGCAGGGGGUCUGCGUCACAGAGCACAUCACAGCUCUGGGAGUCAUGCUGAGCUAACUGGUUGCUGCUCUGGGAGCAGCCAGACGUCCCUUGUUCAUCAGCACAGCAUUUCUGGCUGAAGCUCUUCGUAGUCUUAGCAGCCUGUUUGCAAGGGGCAUUGGAGCAACGCUUCUGCAGCUUGCAGUGAGAGCCUUGUUUACUCAGAGACAACUGUAACUUUUUUAAGACUUGUUCGUAAUUUGCUGAAGCCUUCUCUGUACACUGCGUCAUGUUUUUCCACUCGUCCACUGUGAUAAUAAACAGCUUUUUAAAGAACAA